AUGAAUAGAAGACGAAAAUUUCUUCUUGCCUCAGUACUUGCUCUCCAGAAUUCAAGUUUUAUAUAUCCAUCAUGUCAAAAGUGCUUCUCUCGAAUAAUCCUUGUCUCCAAAAGGUCUAAUUGUCCAAAAUGUGGCUGUACCGGUGAAGCUAAAAAUGCCAGUUACAGAUAUAAACUUUCCUUAAAAGUUGCAGAAUCAAACAAAUUAUUUGUCAUUACUGUAUUUGGAAGCUGCUUAGAUACAUUUUUUGGUCUGACUGCCACUGCUUUGCACAGAUACAUUGAAGAUCCUAAGAAAAUCCCAGAAACACUGGACAGUGAUACAACUCAGAACCUAUUAACUAAAGCAGUUGAAACUUGCUUUAUUGGACAAAGCUUUGUGUUUGGAGUGACGAAUUUUGAAAACCACUGUGGACAUGGUUCAUAUUCCCAUAACUUCUUACAGGAGUGCUGUGACCCCAAAAGAGAAGUCAGAUCACUAGUAGCUUGCCAGAUUGUUCUCCCAGACCCACGUGUUGCAGGCUUCACUGUCAUUGACUACUUCCAUCAGUUUUUGCAGACUUCCAGUUUCAGGAAAUUUCACUGUGGCUCCCCAGAACCUAAUAGCCACUUACUUGCUUUAAAUCACUCAAAUAGUGAUCUCAGCAGCAUACAUGGCCCUGAUAGCCCUUCUUAUUUUUUGGAGCCUCACAACAGAGAUAAUUUUUCAAGAUUCUGGCAACCAUCACUUGAACUCACUUCCAUUGUUUCACAGCUAACAGAUAAUGGUGACUUUUCAGCUUUAGAACAAAGCAGGGCUGUUGGUACACUUCAAAACAGACAGUGCCUCUCCUUUGCAGGGGUCGCUGAUUCCAUCAGCUGCCAUGAUCCCAUUCAGGGUUCAUGGAGCCUUGUUUCAUAUAUGGAUAAAAAAAGUACAGCAGAAAAGUCAGGUGAAGGAGUUCACUUACAAGAUAAUCAUCUGAGUGCAGUUCACAGCAGUCAUCAUGAAAUUGGAGUUACUAACUCUAAUCGAUUCCCUUUGAAAAUACAAGAGCUCGUUGAGUCAAGUAAUACAGAAUCCAUCCACGGUGCAAUAGAAAUUAAAACUAGAUAUUCUCAGCAUGCACUGCCAUGUCAACAGCCCCACGAUGUACAUAUCACCACCAGCCUUCAAGAGCGAUCCACAUGCUCUCCACCUUUAUCAUUCAGACAAGAAGGGACAGAUAAUGGUUCCCAGGACUGUGACCCCAUAAUUUGGGAUGAUUUGCCAUUCUCUGAAAGCCUGAACAAGUUUCUGGAAGUUAUUGAAAGUGAAAUUCCUAUAACCCAGACAGAUGCCAAGAGUAGAAAACAUGAUGUAGAUGAUGACAUCAGUAUAUUUCAUACAGACCAUAGCAGAUUAUCUGUAACUCCCCAGAGAACUGCUGGAGCCCCACCACCUGUUGCUUUAAGAUCAUCAGAAGCCACAGUCAAAGAAAGCUCUAGCAAAGAUAACUUCUUUUCUAACUGUGAAGCAAAUCCUAGUCCUAGUACUCAAAAAGAGUUACAAGUGGAUAACACAGAAGAGGCAGAUUCAAUAAGCAGUAAUGUAAGAGAUAUUUCAGAAUAUUUUCUACCAAAUGCUUAUUUGUCAGCUCUGUUCCUGCCGUCAAAAGAUUUAGAAACAACAGUUACUCAUAAGAAGACUUUGAGUCUCAUCUCACAGAGAGAUGAGAUUACCCUUAGACCCAGUACUUCAGAAACUGAACACUCUUGUGUCAAAUAUUGUAAUGGGUGUGGAGAAAAAUCACACUCAGAAAUGAGUGAAAAGUUGACAAUUUUGUGUCCUAGAAAAUUCAAUGAUGUUUCUGAUCUUUGCAAAUUCGAAAAUAAGCAGUAUCAUAGGUGGCCAAAGAACCAAGGUGACAGCUUUACAAUUUGCAGAAAACUUAUGUAUCCUUUAGAAUCUCUUUGCAGUAGUCCAAGUAGAAGUACAAAUACAUUGAAAGAAAAGCCUUAUAGACCUGUCAGUAGGAACUUAUCACAGGACUCUUCUGCUGGUCAUGAAGGUAGUUACAAUGCUUCUGUUGAUCUCUUUGAUGAUACUGCUAAAGAUAAGGACUCUGCAACAGAAAUGACAAAAGGAUCACAGGGUAUUUUGUUACAGUGGGAAACACGGUUGACAAAAAAUUAUCCCGCACACUCUGAUUUCCCACUAAGAUCACUUUCUGAAAAUGCCAAGCAGUCUGCACAAAGCAUAUCAGCCUCUAGGUAUCCAAGAAUGUGCUCUCCUCCACCACAUUUUCAGUCAGAUUCAGAAUAUGAUCUUGAAGAUAGCCAAGACUUUGUUCCAUGUUCACAGUCAACUCCAGUUGCAGGAUUCCACCAAACAAGAAUUCGUGGAAUGAAUGGAGCUUUUAAAAAAAUACCUACCUUUUAUUCAGAUCUUGAUGCUGAGUACCAGAAAAUAAAAGUUUCUUUUGAAAAUGACAACCAGCAAGUCAUCCCAAGCCACCCAAAAAAUAUAAAAACAACUAGCCAGAAAUCCAGGAGUCAUACCAUCUCUAGUCUUACACAACCAGAUGUUGCCAACUCUAUUGCUGAGUGCCUUGAAACUGAUGUCAGUGAAUGGGUGCCUCCUACCACACAAAAAGUAUUUCCUUCAGAUAGACUCAGAUUCCAAGUCAUGGGUCUAAGAAAAUGCCUUGCUGCCCAUAAUUCCCCUUACCAAAAAGAGUUACCAAGAAAGAAACUAAAACAUGUCAAACAAAGAACAGAUGUAUGUUUAAUUAAGAAGUUAAAGAAUAAGAUGACAGCAAUAGUUGCGAAAAAGAAAACUCCUGAACAUAACUCUAAACAGUCGGUCUGGAAUUCCAAAGAGUCAGUUCUUGGACUUGAUUCUUUUUCAGAAGUUAAAUGUUACCUUACAUUUUCAGAAAACUGCCCACCUUCGGUGUCCGAAACUAAAAGUGCUUGGUCGCCUGAAUUGUUUUCAUAA